CAUUAUCCCGUUGGUUUGCUGGCGGAACGCUAGUCGUCGUCGAUCGGCAUCACAGUCGUUUUUCAUUCAUAAAUUUAUUAUUCUGCAAUCGUUGUAGGUACGCGUACCGUAAUUCCCUUCCCAUACGUGUUACUUUUCACUACGUUUCCGUUCGGUGGGUGGAUGCUAAAGUGCGUAAGAUCAUUUAUUAUCCAUCGGAUGCAUCCGAUUUUCGUGUGCCGUGGGUUGUGAUUGCGUGGUCAUCGAGGUGUUUGUGGAGGAAACUGGAAAGAAGCAUCGGUGGCGUUCAAGACUGAAUAUUUAGUGUGUGAAAGGGUGUGUGGCGAAUUCCGAGUGCUAAGUAAUUACAGCUUAUUGACGGCCCGAUUUGGAAGCGCUUUUAUCAUGUCGUCACCUUUCCGGUAUACGCACGCAAUAACUUGCAGAAUUCCCCUAUCGUUGCGCACCCGAGGCGAGAUCGAUUUGGAAGAAGCAAAGUUGCAGCAUGAAGCGUACGUGAGAUUACUGCGCGACUUGGGACUGGAUGUGUUGGAGUUGCCACCGGAUGAGAACCUACCGGAGUGUCCAUUCGUGGAAGAUUGUGCGGUGAUAUGCAAUGGCAUUGCUUUGAUUUGCCGGCCCGGCGAUCCCAACCGACUCAAAGAGGUCGAAGCGGUGCGCUCGGUGCUCCGCAAGGAGCUGGAUCUUCCGUUAGCGGAAAUCGCCGACCAAAACGCUCGCCUCGACGGAGGAGAUGUCCUUUUCACCGGCCGAGAGUUCUUCGUAGGGCUGAGCAAGUGGACCAACGAAGCCGGAGCGCGUGCAGUGGCUUCCGCCUUCCCCGAGUAUCCCUGUGUUCCGAUCAAGGUGACCGAGCACCAUCACCUCAAGUACUACGUUUCGAUGGCGGGUCAGGAUGUGCUCUGUGUUAGCCGAAGCAAAGAGUCGCAGGAGAUACUGAAACGAAUCGAGCGGGAAGCGACGUACACCUACAGUACGCUGACACUGCAGGAAGAACAGGCCGCCAACGUGCUGUUCGUAAACGGGACGUUGAUCCAUCGCCUGAGCGAAGAGAUUCCCCAAUCUGCGGCGAUCCUCUCGCAAAAGCUGGACAUUCCCCGGCAGACGGUGCCAAUGUCGGAACUGGGUAAAUUCUCCAACGGCCUGACGGCGUGCUGCAUCCUGGUGAAACGAUCCCGACACAUCAAGAGUCUGUAGAUAGAUCGGCGAAGCAUCAUCGGUGAGAUGUAUCAAAUUCUUUUUUGUUUUUUUUUUCUUCUUCGUUCAUACCUGAUAACAGCAGAUGAGUAUUUACCAGAAAAGGCGUAUUUAACUAUUUAUUGUUUACAUCGCAUUUUGUUUUACAAAUGUGCUAAUUUACGUGCUUUGUUACUAGCUCGGAUAGGCUUAUGCUAAAUUUACAUUGUUGAAGUAGUGUUUCUGUGAAUUCCAGUUUAUACUCGUUUUAGGCCAAAUUUCGUUCGUCUCAAAGGUAGUGUAGGUUCAAUUCAGUGCAUUUAAGAGCUUUUUCUAAAGAUAAUUAUCGAAAACUUUCCAUACAUUCUGUAAGAUAGAACAACGUUGAAUAUAGUGAGAUCUGUUGGCAUAUAAGUCAUAGGGGCUAACCUACUCGCGAAAGAGGGAGGGGAGAGUUGCUAGAGAGAGGCAAUGGUAUUUUCAGAGUCAUUUAAGGGGAUACUAAGAGAGUCUUUGGAGGGUUCAAGGGAUUAUCUUGAAAAUUCUUUGAAACUCCCAUGAAACAUCCUGAAACCCGAUCCAUAAUGAAACUACUUCUGACACUUUCACUUCCUGUCACUUCCAGAUAAUUUCUUGAAGUCUCUAGAAAUCCUAUUUGAAAUCAUAUAACCCCUAAAACUCCUUUGAAAUACCCGGAACACCCUGAAGAUAUCUUUGAAACAAGCACUUGACCCCAAAACCCUCUGAAAUUUCCUAUUCCAUUGAGUUUUUAAAAAACGCUUGUCUCCCUUUAUUCUACCAUAUCAAGGGGCUGUCCAUUAAUUGCGUAAGGGUUUAGGCUUGGGUUUAGGGGGGGAGGGGUUUGAAAAAUCUUACGCGCCUUACAAAAAUAUUUGAGUUCUCAUACAAAAAAUCUUACAGGAAGGGAGCAGGUGUCGAAAAAUCGUGAAAAUUCCUUUACAUAAUGAAUGGACUAUGGACAUCCCCUAACCAUCCAUGAGACCUUCGUAUGUACCCCCUCCCUUAGGCUAAGAUCACCUUUUGUCUCUUUAACAGCCCGUUUUGCUGUUACCUUAAGCCUUCUGAGACUCCCCAAGACUCCAAAAGACCUUUAUACACCUUUUUUUCCUCAAUCGCUCCUGAGAUCCCUGCAAAGAUCCUUUUCUUCAUCUAUUGAAACCCCUCUGAACAUCCUUUCUAACUAUAGGGUUUUCUAGUCUUCGAGGAUAUUCUUGGAAUUUUGUGAAAGUAUUUAUAGGCAAUUCAAGAAGAGGACAUGGAAAUAUCUGGGGAAAAUUAGGAGAUUGGUGGGCAUCCCUAUGUGCCCUAUUAUGCCAUCAAAUUUCACAACAGUAAAAUAAUACAUUCUUUAAAGAUAAUUUCUUCUCUGUCAAGCUAUGCGUUACGCUUUUCAAUAAAACACCAGAAACAACAAUAGAUAAACGAAUGUUACGAGUUGGUUGUGACUACGUGUUAAAUAAAGUCAUUUCCAUUAGAGCUAAGUUCGAACAGGCUGAAGAGAGAUAUGAAGCCAGCUGAAAAACUGAAACAAAUAUCUAGUUAGAACCGUACAUGACAAAAUAGAUAUAACAAGUACAUAUUUCAUAACAACCAGUGCUCAAAAAUCCCCAAUACUUAUAGAAUAUAGAGGUAACGCGAAUAUCUUCCGAUCAGUAAUCGAAAACAUUCUAAAACUUCCAAAUUUUUUAAAGAACAUUUAGCUUAAGAGAUGCUUGAAUUCCAACAUUGUACUGCUUAGUUUUAGUUGCCACAGUGCGGCUUGGUUCAAUGCUUGUCCUUCAAGCUUAGUAUCUUUCCGCUAGCACAGACAAACAGACGUAACACCUUGAACGAUUUUCAUGGUAAUCCAUCGCCCAGUUCACACUACCAUCACCUGGUGGAAAAGUUGCACGAAUCACUAUGUUGUGCAAUAUCGUCAAUAGAAGGCGCUAGUGUGAAACGUCAAACGCAUAGGAAAACGAUGCGCGCGCCUCUGGUUGUGAAAACCACAACUAUGAAAAUUUAAAAUGAUCGUUAAAAGCGUGGUCGAUAGAAAUUUCGCAAGUGUUACGUCUGUUUGUCUAGGGCCCAUAUAGCCGAGGCGGUAAACGCACGGGUAUUCAGCAUGACCAUGCUGAGGGUGACGGGUUCGAUUCCCGGUCGGUCCAGGAUCUUUUCGUAAAGGAAAUUUCCUUGACCUCCUUGGGCAUAGAGUAUCUUCGUGCCUGCCACACGAUAUACACAUGCAAAAUGGUCAUUGGCAGAGGAAGCUCUCAGUUAAUAACUGUGGAAGUGCUCAUUGAACACUAAGCUGAGAAGCAGGCUUUGUCCCAGUGAGGACGUUACGCCAAAGAAGAAGAAGACGUCUGUUUGUCUGUGCCGCUAGGUUCAACUGUUUAUCUGUACGUACUACUCAAAAGCGAAUCUCCGUUGCUGUCUUCUCGAACCUAUCUGAUCUAAGUACAUAAGUUAAAUCUCCAAACUAGAAUUAACGCCCCUCCUGUAACACAAACAAACUAGAUACCUAGUUUUCACAUAGCAUUGUACACUGAUGGACUCAAAUAAAAUCUCAUUAUUGCUACCUGGCAUUCGAUUUAUAUUGAAAAAAAAAAAACAAAACAUAUUUUCUAGGGAUCAUAAGCAAUUUAACAGAACCUGCGCGAGUUGUGCGGGCAAUGACUGUAGUCAAAAUAAAGAUAAUACUUUUAUUGCUAUCGACAUAA